UAUCACCCAAGCGGAUACUACGAAGACGACGACCCGAUGGCCAUGUACAACCUACUUCAAGCCCGUGGCGGACGACCAGGAGCUAUGAAGCGUUUCGAUGAAUACUAUCGCUGCUACCCAACCGUCAUGCUGCCCGGUCCAGAGCGGGAGCACCUCAACUUCGGCGGAAAGAUCAUCAUGCCGCCGUCAGCUCUUGAGAAGCUCACACGGCUGCAUAUCACGUAUCCGAUGCUGUUUGAGCUGAUCAACGGGGCAGCGGACAAGGUCUCUCAUGCUGGUGUGUUGGAGUUUGUGGCUGAGGAAGGAAAGGUGUAUUUACCGCACUGGAUGAUGAAAACCCUAGAUCUAGACACAGGCGACCUAAUCCAAAUAAAAUCCACCGACCUCCCCUCCGCCUCCCUCGUCAAGCUCCAACCGCAAAACACGGCCUUCCUCGACAUCUCGGACCCGAAAGCAGUGCUCGAAAAGGCAUUUCGGGACUUCGCCACUGUCACCAAAGGCGACAUCUUCUCGUUCUCCUACAACGACACGGUCUACGAUGUCGCCGUGCUAGAAGUAAAACCCACGAGCGACAAAAUGGGUGUCAGCAUGCUGGAGACGGACGUCGAGGUUGAUUUCGCCGCGCCCGUGGGGUACGUGGAGCCUACGCGGGGAAGCGGGACGAGCACGCCGCGGAAUGGACCUGGGCUACCGGCGGGUGGUAUGUUGCAUAGUCAAGGCACGAUGGCACAGGCUAUCAAUUACUCAGAUAUCGCGCCGUCGGCUGCCACGGCUGCCACAGGCGCUAGAGCAUCGACCUCGAACUUCUUGCUCGGAGGCCAGAAACUGAAUUCCAAGAAAGCAUCUACGCCGAAAGCUUCGACUCCUGUGGCGGGCGCCAGUACGAAUAAAGCUCCAGAGAGUGCAAGUACUGUGGUGAGGAGAACGAAUGGACCCCAGCCCCUGCGCUUAGCGCCUAAUAAGCUCUUCUUUGGGUAUGAGAUUAAACCGCUGAAAACGGCGGCUGAUAAGGAGAAAGAGAACGCGGAUGCAGCGCAGCCGCAUUUUGCGGGGCAGGGGCAAACUCUUAGAGGUGGCGUCAAGCGGAAAGGAGAGAGCGAGAAGGGGAAGGAAAAGGAAAAGGAGGAUGUUAUCAAGGUGGAAAAAAAACCGGAUGUGGGAAGGAGACUUGAUGGGAGGAAGAUUUGA